UUAUGCAGAGAGUCGCGGAUGAGGUAAGCGGUUUCUACAAUGUCGGAGGGAAAAGUUAUCCCGGUAAGGGUCGCUGUACGUGCCCGUCCACUGAUCCAAAAAGAGACAAAUGAGGGAUGUCAAGUUUGUGUCGGUUUUACUCCUGAUGAGCCACAGAUUAUCCUUGGAAAGGACAAAGCCUUUACAUACGAUUAUGUUUUCAACCCAUCACACAGCCAACCAUACGUAUACCAGGAAUCUGUAUUUCCACUUAUUAAACAUAUAUUUAAAGGAUAUAAUGCUACUGUAUUAGCUUAUGGACAGACGGGAAGUGGUAAGACAUUUACUAUGGGAGGAUGUUAUGAAGCAUCACUCAAUGAAGAUGAAGUAGAAAUGGGGAUUAUUCCCAGAGUAAUAAAAGAGCUGUUUAAUGGCAUUACAGACAAAUCAGAUUCUGACUUUACAGUGAAAGUUUCGUACCUAGAGAUCCAUAAUGAAGAUAUAAAUGAUCUACUGUGCCCACCUGCUAAGCGUGAACCAUUAGCCAUAAGGGAGGAUGUGAAUGGACAGAUAAAGUUACCAGGUUUGUCUGAGGUGGUAGUGGAAAGCUUUGAAGAAACCAUGAAUUGUCUACAAAGUGGUUCAAGUGGACGAACAACAGGUUCAACAGCCAUGAACACACAUUCUAGUCGUUCCCAUGCAAUUUUCACAAUUCAAAUUGAGCAGAAGAAAAAGCAAGAUAUGGAUGAUGUUUGUAAGUGUAAGUUUCACUUAGUUGAUCUGGCUGGAUCAGAGAGAGCCAAGAGGACACAGGCAGUAGGGGAGAGGUUUAAGGAGGGUGUCAACAUUAACAAAGGAUUGCUGUCACUAGGAAAUGUAAUCAGUGCUCUCGGGGAGGAGAGUCAGGCCAGAAAUCACAUUCCUUACCGAGACAGCAAACUGACCAGGUUACUGCAAGACUCUUUGGGAGGAAAUAGUUAUACACUAAUGAUUGCCUGUGUAAGCCCUGCUGACUCUAACAUGGAGGAGACCUUAAAUACAUUAAGGUAUGCUGACCGGGCAAGGAAAAUCAAGAAUAAACCUGUCAUUAACAGAGACCCCCAGGCUGCUGAAAUUUAUCGCCUUAAACAGCUGGUGCAACAGCUCCAAGUACAACUAGUCAAUACUGGUGGAGGAGUAUCAUUAAUGAGUAUUGACACAACAUCUUCCUCAUCUUCAUCUGAAGAUCUCAAAUCUAUUGUUGAGAAAAACAAACAGUUGGAGGAAGAGAACAACAAGCUUUCUCGUGAGCUGCAGAGAGCUGUGGAUCAAAGCACCAACAUGUGUGAGAAGGCUAUCAGGCUGGAGCUGAAGUGUGAGAAACUAAAGACCAAGCUAGACAAGCUCAAGUCAGACACAAAGAUAGAUCUUGAAGUUCUUGGUACCAGUAUCAAUGCAGAGCAAAACCCAGAGGCAAAAGAACAGAUAGAGAGAAUACGAACAUUGACAGUCAGCAUACAUCAAGAGGAGCAAGAAGAGGGUCCACUUUCCAUUGUUGAAGAAGAGGAAGAGGAAAAUGAAAAUGAUAAUCCUCCUGAAACGCCAGACAGUCGAGCUCGCUCUAAAGAAUUCACUCUACGCCAGGCGAAAAUGAAUAGGGAGCUUCAGGAGCUCAAUAGAUUAUUGGAGACAAAGGAAACCCUGGCCACAAAAAUGACGUUAAAUGAUGACCAGAUGAAGUCAAUCCGUGAACAACAUGAAUCCCAGAUGAAAGAGCUGGAGCAUCAACUGUCUUUAGCACAAAAACAAAAAGAAGAAAUGCAACAGGCUCUAGAUGAUGCUAAGAGUAAUGCAAAUGCAAACAGAAUUGCUGAGCAGAGGAGAUUACGUCUAAAAGAAUUGGAACAGCAAAUUUCUCAACUACGGAAAAAGAUGACAGAACAGGAAAAAAUGUUAAAAAUGAAAGACCAGAGAGACAAAAGUGUCUCCAAUCUCCAGGGUGAAAUACAGGGGUUAAAACAUCAGCGGGUGCAGUUGAUGAAGAGGAUGAAGGAAGAAUCUGAUGACUUUAGAAAGUUUAAGCAACAGAAAGACAAGGAGGUAGCUCAGCUGAUGCAGAAAGACAGGAAGAGACAGUUUGAGAUUGCUAAGCUGCAGCGUCAAAAUGAACGGCAACAGUCUGUGCUGAAACGUAAAAGUGAAGAGGCCGCUGCAGCCAACAGAAGGUUAAAAGAGGCAUUGUCAAAACAAAAGCAGAUCCAACAGGAAAGGGCAAAUAAAUUAGAGACCUACAAUUCAUCUUCCAUAGGAAAUAGAGUCAGGUCCUGGCUAAGUCAUGAAUUAGAGGUUAGAAUCAGCAUUCGAGAAGCCAAGUAUCAUCUGGAGAGCUUACUAAAUGACAGGAAGGAAAUAGCCAAACAAAUCAAAGAGCUGAAGGAGAGGCUGGAGGAUGAGACAGAUGGUCCACCAAUCAAAAAACUCGCCUGGUUAGCAGAAAAUGGUGACAAGACAGAGGUCAGCUUUGAAGUGGAUAAGAUGAACAAGGAGUUGAAAGUUCUGGAGGGAGAGAUGGUGUUGAGAAAUGCUCAGAUUUCUGAGCUACAACAGAAAAUUGUGGAUGCUGACCAAGAUAUCAAGGGCAAGAUAUCCUGGGACACAUUGCACACAAUGGUAGAGGCUAAAUGUGCUCUGAAAUGGCUGAUGGAACAGGCAGUGUCUUCUAAAACAGACUUGACAAGGACGCAGGGGAAACUUAAGGAUUCCGAGUAUGAUGACAAUGACCUGAAGGAGGAGAUAGAAAGGUUAGAAAAGGAACUGUCUGACCAGUCAAAUAAACACGAGAAAAAGAUCACAGCACUACAGAAACAGCAAGAGGAGAAGGUGCUUUUCUUGUUGAACAAGAUGAAAGGAAGUGUUAAUGUUGAAUCUGCAGAUGAGGAUCUGAAGGAACGCCUAAAAUUUCAGGAGGGGGAAAUUGAAAGACUGAGCUCCUUAGAGGAAGAAUUAAAUAAAAAAUCAGAGGAGUGUGAGGAACUGAAAAAGCAAAUGACCAGAGCGAUGUAUCAGAACAAAAGAAUGGCCCUUCUGCCCAGUAUUGAUGAUCCCAAGGCAUCACCAUUUCUGUCACCUACUCCAAAACCAAAGAUAAAGAAAAAGAAGAAGUCUGAAGAGGAGGAGGUUGAGGAGGAUUGGGAGGAGACAGAAGAGGAGAGUUUCCUCACGGAAGAUGACUCAAGUGAUGAGGACUGGAGAGCUACACCAAUGUAUAAGAGGAAAAUGGCUAGCAGGAAGACCAUUGGUGGAGAAAAUGCUUCAAUCAAUGACAAGUCGACCAAUGACAAAUCAGCAAUGGAGACCUCACAAGUGAGCAAGAAAUCCAGUUCGUCUGCACUGAUUUGUAAGUGUAAGACUAACUGCAGUAGUCGAAUGUGUUCCUGUAAGAAAAAGGACAAUGUAUGUACCAGUGGAUGUGGGUGUGAUGUCAGCAAGUGUAAAAACAGGGAUACAACCUCUGAUCAGGAAAAUAAUGAAGAAGGAGAUCCACAGGCUACACUGAACAGUACAUAUAAUCUAGAGACGAGUGCCAAGGACAACACUCAUAAGAAUCCUCUAAAAGAUCUAAUCAGCUUCAAUGAGGGAAAUCGCAGUUCAGAUGAAUUUGUGGUACCAUCUGCUGUUAAAACCAAAAGAGCAGAAUCUAAUGACAGUGCCAACCUCCUGGAAGGAGGGGUCAAAAAGAGAAGAAAACUGUUCAGCACUAGUGCCAGGAAUAACAGUAGCACUAGCUUCUUUGGACCCUUGGAGUGAUUGAUUGUGAUUUGUGAAUCUAUUUUUUUUUUUUAUUUGAAUAUUUCUCUUCCAUGGUAUAUAAAAUGUAAAGAAAUAUUUUUAAUUUUCAUUGUUGUAGAUGAAGUAUAUGAUUUGGAAGUCUGUUGAAAUGAUAGAAGAUGAAUGUAUUUUAUGGAGCUUUAGCCACUUUGUAGUUGGAUUACACUAUACUGUGUAUUGGCUUUCUCUGUAUGUUCCCAUUCUCUCUCUCUCUCUCUCUCUCUCUCUCUCUCUCUCAGAAUUUAACAUUAUUCAUUAAUACAACCACACCUAAAUACAACUGUAUGUUGUAUGUACCAAUUACUUCAUCAUUUAAAAAAGUGCUUGAGAAUCUGGGGAAGUCUCAUGAAUUGUAAUACACUGUAGUUUUGAGCUGUUCGAUAACUUACAGAGUGAAGUACAUGACUGUACAAAAUUUAAGAUGGAAACUACAUGUAUAUUGAAAGAAAUUGAAUUUACAUCAAACCUGGCAAAUUUACCAAAUGAAUUUCUGUUUUUAUGAGCUUAUAGUUCAUUUAUUUAUUAUUUUAGAAAGUAACUCUCUUGGGGAGAUAAGACACUAACAUACAAUUUGAUGGGCUAAAUAAUGCUUAUUCUUGAGAAUAUGUGUAUAUGUAUGUCACUCCUUGAUACACUUCAACAGUGAUUGAUGUUGUAAUUUUUGAAUUUUAGCUAGAGCCUUAAAAUUUGGAUGUCUCAUAGUACCUAUAACACCUAAUAUGUUUGAAUAACUGUGAAGGUUUGGAUACAUUACUUUACUUAGAGCAUGUUUAAGAAGAGGUGUAAAUUUUCACAUCAUUUCAGUUUUAAUUGAUGGACUUGAAUAUCUCUGAUUUUAAGCAUUACUAUCAAUAUUGUAAAAAAAAAAAAAAAGUAUUUUUUAGAUGAAUUUUUAAAUAUUAAUUUAUGUCUUUUUAAAAUAUUGUAAUUUUUCGCAGACUGUUGUUUUUGAGGGAGUUCGUGGAUAUUUAGUGUACAAAGUGUGAACAUGAUUAUGUAAUCAAUGGAACAUUACUAGGGACGAGUCUGUAAAAUGAAUGGUGUAAUAAACUAGGAACUCAUGCUUUUGUCUUUUUA